AUGGUCAACUACAAAUCCUGGUUAAAAGAAAUCGACGACAACACCAAAAUCUCCAGGCUCUCCAUCCCUGGUACCCACAACUCCGCAGCCUGCCACACUGCACUUCCCUCAGUCCAAUGCCAGGGAGCUUCUGUGACCGACCAAUUGGAACACGGAGUGCGUUUCUUAGACAUUCGUGUGGGAAAGCUCUUCCUCAAGGAGGGAGACGAAGCCAAAGACUUGCAGGUUAUUCACGGCAAGUUCCCAGUCAAGAUUCCAUUUGCUGAGAAGUUGACCAGUGUGUUGGACGAAGUGUACGACUUCUUGGCCCACAACAAGUCGGAAACCGUGAUUGUUUCGUUGAAACAGGAAGGCUCCGAUGACUGGAACAACUCCCAGGACGAGUUUGGCAACUUGAUCUGGGACAAGUACAUCAACCCCCACAAGAAUAAGUGGUACUUGAACACCGACAUUCCUCGUCUUGGGGAUGCUCGUGGAAAGGCAAUUCUUUUCAGAAGAUUCGGGGUCCAGAAUGAGGACAGAAGAAGAGAGUUUGGCUUCGACGCUGCCUCCUGGAAGUACAACUGUGAGGAAGACGACCGUGGCUCGUUUGUGGUCCAGGACUACUGCGAAAUCCAGAGUGGAGAAAUCGACAAGAAAAUUGGCUACGUCAAGAACUUGGCCAACAAGGCAAAGGACUACACCAACGGCAACGACGACAAGAUUUUCCUCAACUUCACCUCAGGAUCCAACUUCUUUGACCGUGAGUGCUGGCCCCAGCAGGUGGCCAUUGCAAUGGCCAAGGGAGGCAUCCAGGACCAUUUCAAGAAGGGUUCUGGAAUCAUCGUAUUGGACUACGUUGAGUCCAACAACUGGGAGUUCUCCAAGAAGUUGGUGGACACCAACUUUUAG